AUGUGUCACAUCCCAGUCUUCUGUUGGAUCACUUCUACAGUUCUGGAGGACUUCUUCAAAACAUCCCAGAAAGUAGAAGAGAUGCCCAAGACCGUGACUCAGAUGUACAGCCACUUCCUGAGGGUUCAGUCCAUACAGGGGGACAGGAAGUACCAUGGGAGGGCUGAAACAGAUCCAGACUGGAGUCUAGAGAGCAGGGAGAUCAUUGUUUCUCUGGGAAAACUGGCUUUUAACCAGCUGGAGAACGGCAACCUGAUCUUCUACGAGGCAGACCUGGCAGAGUGUGACAUCGAUAUCAGAGCAGCCUCAGUGUACUCAGGAGUGUUCACCCAGAUAUUUAAAGAGGAGUGUGGGCUGUACCAGGACAAGGUGUUCUGCUUUGUCCAUCUGAGCAUCCAGGAGUUUCUGGCUGCCCUUUACGUCUUCUGGUCCUUUAUCAACACUGGGGUCAAUCUGCUCACAGAAGAACAGCCAACCUCAGACGAAGAUAAAUUCCUCCUCUUCUACCAGAGUGCUGUGGACAAAGCCUUACAGAGUGAGAACGGACACUUGGACUUGUUCCUCCGCUUCCUCCUGGGCCUCUCUCUGGAGACCAAUCAGAUUCUCCUACGAGGUCUGCUGGGACUGACAGGGAGAAGGGGCUCACAAACCAUCAAGAAAACAGUGUCUUACAUCAAGAAGAAGUUAGAUGAUAAUCUCUCUCCAGAGAGAAGCAUCAAUCUGUUCCACUGUCUGAAUGAGCUGAACGACUGUUCUCUAGUGGAGAAGAUCCAACAGUCCCUGACAUCAGGAAGUCUCUCCACAGAAACUCUCUCUCCUGCUCAGUGGGCAGCUCUGGUCUUCAUCUUACUGUCAUCAGAAGAAGAGCUGGAAGUGUUUGACCUGAAGGAAUACUCAGCUUCAGAGGAGGGUCUUCUGAGGCUGCUGCCAGCGAUCAAAGCCUCCAAAAGAUCUCUGCUGAAUGGUUGUCAUCUGUCAGAGACAUGCUGUGAAGCUCUGGCCUCAGUUCUCAGCUCGAACUCCUCUAGUCUGAGAGAGCUGGACCUGAGUACCAAUGAUCUGCAGGAUUCAGGAGUGAAGCUGCUCUCUACUGGACUGGGGAGUCCACACUGUACACUGGAAACUCUAAGGCUUAAUGGCUGUCAUCUGUCAGAGAGAUGCUGUGAAGCUCUAGCCUCAGUUCUCAGCUCCAACUCCUCUAGUCUGAGAGAGCUGGAUCUGAGUACCAAUGAUCUGCAGGAUUCAGGAGUGAAGCUGCUCUCUGCUGGACUGGGGAGUCCACACUGUACACUGGAAACUCUCAGCUUGUCUGGCUGCCUGGUCACACAGGAAGGCUGUGCUUCCCUGGCCUCAGCUCUGAGCUCCAACCCCUCCCAUCUGAGAGAGCUGGACCUGAGCUACAAUCACCCA